AUGCUCCCGCUCUCACUUCUCAACCUCGCCGUCAGCCCGGGAUCGAGGAGCCUUGCCGACCGGCGCUGCUUCUGCGCCGCUGCGGCAGCCGCAGUCAUCGCCACACCGCCACAAGCCGUGGCCGCGUCGCCGACAACCGCCGCUAUUUAUGACGCCGAGGCGUCAGCCUACGACGCCGCCUACGCCAACAGCCUGGUGAGCCGUGCGGUCGGCUUUGACUCACUUCGGAGGAGCGUGGCGACACGUGCCCACGGCGACCACGCUGGCGACGUGCUCGAGCUGGGCGUCGGCACCGGCCUCAACCUUCCCUUCUACGAGCCAGCGAGCGUCCGCACCCUAACCGGCAUCGACGCCUCCUCCGGCGCGUCUCCUCCGUCACUGGCCCGCACCGCCCGUUCCGCAGAGCGAGCGGCAUGCUCGAGCUGGCGCGGCGAAGAGCCGGCGAUCUGCCGCUCGGGCAAACCCCCGCCAGAGCCGCUGUGCAGGGAGCCGCGCGUGACGCUGCGCAUCGCCGACGCCGCCGCGCUGCCCUUCCCCGACAGCAGCUUCGACGCCGUCGUCGACACCUUCGGCCUGUGCGUCUUUGAGGCGCCUGGCGCGGUGCUGUCCGAGGUGCGGAGGGUGCUGCGGCCGGGCGGGGAGGUGGUCCUGCUCGAGCACGACGACGGGCCCGUGAGCCGUGCGCUCGCCUUCACACGGGGCACUUCCGCCGUCGCGGCGACGUGCGCGUACGAUCAGGAUGUGGCCGCGCUAGUGACGGCCGCCGGGCUGCGGCUGAGCGAGUCCGAACCGGUGGCGGGCGGCUUCCUGCGCCGCGUGGUUGCUGGGAGAGCGCUUGAGCGUUGAGAAACGGGAGAGCCCCUCAGGGCCCUUGUGCCUUAAAUUGAGCGGCGUUUCCCCCCGCCCGCGGCCUUUUUGUGUGAGAGGAACUAGUAGUAAUCUUCAUAUCAUUGAGAGAC